ACACGGACUUAGGUCCGUCUAUAAGAACGUCGCUUCACGGGUAAAAAGAUCUAGGGACACAUAGCGUCGUUGUCAAGGAGCCUACCAACAAGCACACAAGUUCCACACAACCAGCCAUGAAGACCCUGGUGAUGAUCGUGGUUGUCCAGGCCGUUUGUGCCACAGUCGUGUCGUCGUUCAGCUUCUCAUCGCCGGACUGCCCGGCGCAGGCAGUGCCCGGUGUGACGCUCAAGGUUCCCGACCCGAACGACUGCUCCAAGUACUCGCUGUGUAUGCAGCUGUUCAAUAUGAAGCUCGACUGUUCAGAGGGACAGCACUUCAGUGCCGCCGCUGGCAAAUGCCUACCCGCAGCCCUCGCCGGAUGUGACCCCGCUGCUGCCAUGCCCCAACCGCAAGCCGCUCCUCAGCCUGCCGCUCCAGCAGCACCAGCAGCACCUGCUCCAGCACCUGCCGCACCCGCACCUGCUGCAAUCGCUGUGUAAUACUAGCACCUGCCGGCCAGCGUGCUCUCAGCCUGUCUUGCGGAGUUCCACUCUCGGCCAAAAUAAGUGGGCUAUGCCGAGGGAACUGCUGAUGAGAGAACAACGAUCUUCAGCGGAUACCCUUGAUUGCACGACAUAAUAACAAACCACAAAGCUGAAUGUAAAUAAACGAAUGCAGAUGCUACGACACCA